AUAUUCUGAAAAUCGUUAUAUAACUAAAAUUGAUAUAUUUAACUCAUGAGUUAAUGUGUAUUUAUUUUUUUAACUUUGUUUUUUACAAGAUUUUUAUUAUAUUUGUAUUAUUAUGUUGUAGUAUUUUUAUUCCUAAAGUUACCCUUUUAAAGCAGAAUUUUCACAUAUUUAACUUUGCUAAAUGUAUAAGAAUUUACUCCGAGCCAAAUGGAGUCCUACGGGACAUUCUAAACAAACCUUCCCUAACACACAACUUUUUACACAGAUUCGCAAUUUUUUCUUCUUCUCCAGUUAAUCGCAGAAAUUACACUAAUCCCAAGAAUAAUAACAAUUGUUACUCAUUUGUACCAUAUAAUACUUUAAAUUCUACUAAUAAAUUGCCUUUUCCAUCAUUUAACAAAAUUGAGCUCAGACCUAUAGAAUACACUAAAAAUGAUUCCGAAUUAUCUCAUAGUAGGAACACUUUCAGUCGUGUUUAUCUGUUAGAAUCUAUUAAGAAUUGGUUUUUAGAUGAAGUGGUAGGAUGGUAUGUUCCUCCUAUGCCCAUCGGCGAAAAAGCUUCAUACAUCCUCAAAAAAGAAGGCCCUCUACAAUCUGAUGAGGAUAGGAAGGCAUUGUUGGAUAAGAUUGGUGCGACUGAGGAUGAUUCUGUCUACACAGUUUUUAAUAAAUACAGAAACUUCAUAAAGAACAAGCCUAAGAUUUCAUAUACUGAUUUAAAUGAUUAUUUUCUCGGAUAUGUAAGACGAGCAUUUGUGGAGGAUUUGGAGAAGAUGGAGCGUGCCGCUUCUCAGGGCUUGAAGUCCUGGACUGAAUAUUGGAGACCAAACAGGAAGGAGAAACCUGUUUUUGAUGACGAUUCUGUGCUUUCAGUUCAAGAUAAAAGCUUUCUAACCUGGUUUGUUCCCGCCAAAGAGGCUGAACAACGUCUAACACAGCUACAAAAAAAGAGGAGACGUUAUUUCGGCAUUAAUACCAGGAGAUUCCGUGGACUCAUCAGAAUCACAAAGGACUUUAAGAGUCGAUUAACAAAGUGUUCUACGACGAUGAUUCCGUUAUUUUUACUGGGAUUAGUGCCUAAACUGGGCUCCUGGUCCAUAGGAAUUUCCUCCAUUGUCGCCGCUAAAAUCAUCUACGGAGAUAGAAAAAACUAUAGAACACAGUUUUUGGACACUGAAAAGUAUUUGUUAAAGUCAGAAUACGACCGUUCUGAGACUGUAAAAACACUAGCAACACUUUUUAUCGUGGCCUUGCACACAACAAUCGGAUAUGUAACCUCAACUCUAGUAAAUUUUUACACGAGGAUUGGAAGUAUUUUAUCACCUGAGACUAUUAACGCCUUUUUUAUUAAUUUGCAACUCACGUUAUGCUCACUGAUUUAUGAUACAAGUGAAAUGACAUUUGAAGAAAAAGUUAAGCUUGCAAAUGGUACUUUAGGAUUAGAACAACCAGAAUCACAGUCCAAUCCGCCAAGUUCUGAGUAAUCUAUUCCACCACAAAUUUUCUAAUAUAUUUUACUAAAUUUUAAAUAAA